AUGUCGUGGUCGCGUCUCAUCCGAUUCAUUGGCGUCGAUGGCCAGGAACACUACGGCGAUGUUGACAUCGAGAAAGAUACUGAUCUACGAGAAAAAUUGUCAACAAAUGACUUAUACGCGACAAUUAUCAAGGGCGAACGCCCUUUUAAUCAAGCGACGAGAGAAGACCGCAUUCAAGUUAAAGCCCUUCUGGAUGUCCUCAGACCGGAAUACGUUCCUAUCAUACGAUGCAUCGGAUUGAAUUACAUCAAACAUAUCCAAGAGGGUGGUCGUAAACCGCCACCUUACCCAUCCGUCUUUAUCAAGCCGUCUACCUCCAUCGCUGGGUCAACAGAAGACAUCCCAAUCCCUAAAAUUGCCCAAGACGGCACACUAGAUUACGAAGGAGAACUGGCCAUCGUAAUCGGCAAGACAGGAAAGAAUAUCCCCGAAGCAUCCGCACUGGAAUAUGUCGCGGGGUACACCGUCGCCAACGACGUAUCAGCGCGGGGCUGGCAACGCGACCCCGCCAAAGCGGGCGGUGUGCCGCAAUGGUGUUUUAGCAAGGGCUUCGAUAAAUUCGCACCCUUGGGUCCUAUGAUUGUAUCCCCAUCCGUUGUCGGUGCGGCAAAUGAUCUCCUCCUGCAGACGUUUGUAAAUGGCGAGGAGAGACAAAAUAGCAGUACGGGGGAUCUUCUUUUUGGUGUUGAGAAGAUCGUUAGCUUUUGCAGUCAGGGCACGACUCUGGAGGCAGGUACUGUUAUUCUGACGGGAACUCCGUCGGGAGUUGCGAUGGGAAUGAAAGAGCCGAAGUACUUGAACGAUGGGGAUAUUGUCGAGGUUAGGAUAUCGCAGUUGGGUGGCGUUAGGAAUAAGAUGGCAUUUGAGUAA